UUACAGGUUUCUCUUUAUUGUAGCCUCUAGCUUCACAGUAGUUUUGUUUAUGCUAUCCCUGGGGUGCAGUUUUUCUCAAUUUUCACAAUGAACCAGCAAAUUCCGACGGAAAUCGGCCCGGACGCCGGUGGAAGAAUGAAAGGUGUUACUGUUGUGAAGCCUAUCGUUUAUGGGAAUGUGGCAAGGUAUUUUGGGGAGAAAAGAGAGGAGGAUGGACACACCCAUCAAUGGACUGUUUAUGUCAAGCCAUAUCACAAUGAAGACAUUUCAAGUUAUGUCAAAAAGGUUCAUUUCAAACUUCACGAGAGCUAUGCCAACCAGAAUCGGGUGGUUUUGAAACCACCCUAUGAAAUUACUGAAACGGGCUGGGGGGAGUUUGAAAUAGUCAUCAAAAUAUACUUUCACGACUCGAACGAAAGACCGGUUACCCUAUACCACGUUUUGAAGUUGUUUCAAUCGGAAAAUGAUGCCCUUCUGGGGAAGAAUACAUUAGUCGCUGAAUCGUAUGAAGAGAUCGUUUUCCUCGACCCUACAGCAUUUAUGCAUCACGUUUUGACGACAACUCACCCUAUUACAUCUGGAGUAUGGAAGCACGAAACAGACUUUGAGCAAAAAAAGCAGAAUUCCUUGGACAACAUAAUGGCUGGCAAGGCAAAAAUACGGGAGAAAAUACAAGAGUUAAAGGAAAAACUCAAGCUGGCAAAAGAGACCAUUGCAAAGUUCAAAUCUGAAAUCGAACGUUCCAAAUGUGAAUUCACAUGACCUGAGGAAAAGGGUAAAAAAAGACUGUAAAUUCAACCACUGUGUACUUUUGUAUAAAAGAGACUUUUUGUUAUUAUGUAUAUAAAGUGUGGUGCAGCAUUAAAAAAUGUAAGCUGAUGUAAUUAAGAAUUUUAUA